AUGAAUAUAGAUGGACUGUCAAAGGAGAAGAUAUCAGAUUCACAAAUAACCAGUGAACAAAUUUUGCAGGAUGCGUUUCAACUAAGAGAUGAACCUUUAAAUCGUCCUAAACAAUCGAUCCAAGACUUGGACGAAUUAAGAUCGUUUCAGCUUACUAAAAGAAAAGAGUAUGAACAACAAUUGAAUAAGAACAGAUUAAAUUUUGGACAGUGGUUGAGGUAUGCAAAGUGGGAAGUAAACCAUAAUCAUGAUUUUCCUCGGGCAAGAUCGAUUUUUGAACGGGCCCUAGAGGUUAAUGUACAGCAUAUUCCUUUCUGGACACAUUAUAUCCAGUUUGAGCUUUCAAAUAAAAACAUAGUACAUGCAAGGAACUUGUUGGAUAGAGCUGUAACAACUUUGCCUAGGCUUGACAAAUUAUGGUUUCUUUAUGUACAGACAGAGGAGACAUUAAAGAAUUACCAGAUGGUUAGAAUAAUCUUUGAAAGAUGGCUAUCUUGGAAUCCAAACCCUUCUGCAUGGGAUGCUUAUAUAAACUUUGAAAAACGGUACGAUGAAUUUAAUAAUGCUAGGGAGAUCUAUGUGAGAUACGUACAAAUCCAUUCAUCUGGUGAGAUAUGGUUGAAGUGGAUUGAUUUUGAAAUGAAUGACGUUCCAGUAAACGCUGAACAAGUGACACGAAUCAGGAAUGUUUUUGAAUUAUCAGUAGAUACCAUGUUAUCAUCAGAAUCAUUAAGAGGAGAUAUACUUCUUGCUGAAAUAAUUAAUAAGUGGUCACUCUGGGAAAUUUCGGUGAAAGAAUACGAAAGAGCAAGAGCCAUAUUUCAAUUAAUGUUAAAAAAUGACAAAAUUCAAGCAAUCAUAACCCCGGAACAAAGGAAUCGAAUCUAUCUGUCAUAUACUGAAUUCGAGAAAAGUUACGGUGACAAAGAUACUAUUGAAUCCAGUAUCAUGAUAAAAAGAAAAUUGAAGUAUGAGGAAGACGUGAAUAAGAAUCCACAGGACUACGACUCAUGGUGGUCUUAUAUUAAUAUUUUACAACAGGAGGAUAAUAAUGAAGUUACAAGAGAAGCUUUCGAGAGAGCGGUUCUAGUAAUACCGACAGAUUCUUUCAAAUCUACCGUUUGGAGAGGGUAUAUCUACUUGUGGAUCAAAUAUGCAUUCUGGGAAGAGUUCACUAUGGGAAGUAUCAAGAACGCUCGAAAUAUCUGGAAUAGAGCAUUAAAGAUUAUUCCACAUAAACAUUUUACGUUUGCAAAGGUAUGGGUGAGCUUUGCUCAGUUUGAAAUAAGGAAUGAUUCUGAGAGUGGUCUAGCAAAUGCAAGAAAGAUAUUAGGUAGAUCUAUUGGGCAAUCUAGUAUUCUUAAGCCCAAAAGGAAAUUAUUUAAGUUUUACAUUGAAUUAGAAAAAAAAUUGGGCGAAUGGGAUAGAGUUAGAAAGCUAUAUGAGAAAUGGCUAGAAAUAUCAUUGGUAGGGGAAAACAAUUUAUCUACUAUUAAUAUCUUAUUGGCUUAUAUUGAUUUUGAGAAAAGCAUACAAGAGCACGAAAGAUGUGUUUAUCUAUAUGAAUUAGGUGUUCAAUUAGUAGAAGACGAUAAAAUAUUUACUAAGGACAAUCCAUUAGAGUACAUGUUGACGAGUUUUAUUGAUUACUAUAAGGAAGAAAUGAGAUAUGCUGAAGCUAGAAAGUUAUAUAGAAAGUUGCUGGAACAAGUCUCGACUGCUAAGGUAUGGAUUUCAUUUGCCUUAUUCGAGUCAUCUAUACCCACUGAUUCUCAAUUAAAGGCUUUUGAAGAAAGCACCGAUGAAGAAUUUGAAUUUUCAAUCAAUGAAACGCAUAGGGAAAAGACUAGGGGCAUAUUUAAGGAAGCCAAUAAUCAUUUCAAACAAAAAGACCUAAAAGAAGAAAGGGCGGUUGUUAUACAAGCAUGGAAACAAUAUGAAGAAUCUCACGGUUCUGAGGAAUCAUUGAAUGAUGUCACCAAAAAGACUCCUGUCAUAGUCAAAAGAAGAAGAUUAAUUGAAGGAGAAGAAGAAGAAUAUUUAGAUUACAUUUUCCCUGAAGAUGAAGAAGAAGCUAAACCAGCUAAAAUAUCUGGCCUUAAUGAUUUCUUGGCUAACGCCCAAAAAUGGAUGGCUAAUCAAAAUCAAUGA